AUGACAACUCCCCCCCCUUCCCCUCGAACGAUUCGGAGAUCCCGCAAGCGUAGCGACGACAUAUUCAACAUUGAAGGGUCUCCCCUCUGGACAAAACCAACUCGCCAUGGUCAUAAACUCAUUUCACUUGUCCCCAACAACCCCAUCAACAUGAAAGGCAUCGUGGGAUUGACUGCUACCUUUGCCGCCCUAUCGUCAGUUGCUACCGCUGGCCGUGUCCUUCGAGGGGCCAGCCCCCCUGAACACCAUCAGGUGGCCAUAGCCAUCGCCCCCCUUGUGUUCGACUACCACGAGCACAACGGCCAAGUGGGCGUCCGCCCCGUCUCGAGGCUGAAGGCAGAGGUGUCAUCUUCCCCCUUGUAUUUGAUCACCACGAGCACAGCGGCCAAGUGGACGUCCGUCGUCUAG